UGAUCGCAGGGCAAAUAAAACAGUAGUGUGUGGUUUGCCCAGUCUGGCGACAGCCAAAUCAACAGGUAGUUUAAUCUUUACAUUCAAGUCUAGAGACCUGCUCUCACACUUUUACUAGUACCCUCAUUGGAUAUGAUUGCGCCUUUCCACCUUCCCAUCAAUACCGUUCGGUUGUUCUACUAUUACAUUUCCGCAUUAGUAUUUAAAUUCAACAAGUAAAAGAUUGCAGCAGACAACCCAGUCAGUCGGUAGCGUUCUUUUGGUCCGUCUUCGCGAUAAGGAUUCUUUGGCUAAAUGAGGGUACUGGAGACUGGGGCCAUGUGGAAGUGCCUGUCCAAAUAUGUCUGCAUCUUCCUCCUGCUGACCCUGUCAGGCGUCUUCUAUCUGUUCCGCAACAUCAGCAUUCUAGAGUGGAAGUUAGACCUAUGUUGGGAACUAUGCAGCAACCACUCAGAGGGCCCUACUCCCCUGGACCACAAUCAAAGCUGUAACCACCUGAGCCAGGGCCAGGAGCGCACACCUGAGGAAGCUCUGGAGGAGCAUUACCUCCUGGAGUCCAUUGCCUGGCCAGAGCCUCCGCCCCAGCCCACGUCUAUACCCCUGGAACAGACCAGUGACCCUGCGCACAGCCAUUUUGCAGUGCUGCCAGCAGUGGGUGGGAGAGAGUGGCACGUGGGGGACCAGCUGGAGUCUCUGGUCCUUAUGAAAGAUUUCCAGGGACAUCCCAAGAGCCAUGGUGGGGACUUCUUGCUGGCUAGGCUGCACUCCCCAGAGCUGGGGGCGGGCGUUGCAGGACAGGUGUUGGACCACCAGAAUGGGACCUACUCUGCCAUUUUUCUGUUACUGUGGGAGGGGUCUGUACAAGUGGAGGUGACACUAGUUCAUCCUAGUGAGGCAGUUGCUGUUCUACGAAACUUACGUGAAGAACGGCCUAACCGGGUGCUUUACAAGAGCCUGUUCAAAUAUGGAUUACUGUCUGAGACCACAAUGUGUAACCUUUGUCUGCCGACCAACCAGGAGCCGCUGUGCAAUUACACAGACCCCCACACGGGUGAACCCUGGUACUGCUACAAGCCUAAGCAGCUGCUGAGCUGUGACACACGGAUCAACCACUUCAAGGCAGGCUACCAGAAAGAUCUGAUAACCAACAAAGAAGCACUGCUCUUCCGGAGUGGCGUAAAUCUCAAAACACGUAUUCGGGCUAAGGGGUCUGCCAGUGUCACUGUGCUGCCUAAGAAGAAAGACAAACCAGAGGUGGAAAGCAGCCAUGCAAAGCCAGCGCCUGUCAGGACCACUCCCUCUGGGUAUUACUUCCAAGGUUCAUGGCAGUCCCUGGGUGAUGUCGUGAUGCGCCAGUUUAAUGAUCCAACUCCCAUUACUCAGUGUUUGAAGGGCAAGGUGGUGUACAUGUACGGAGACUCCACCGUUAGACAGUACUAUGAGUUCCUCACCAACUUCUUGCCAGAGUUGAAGGAUUUCAACCUUCGAAGUCCGGUGAAGGCAGGGCCCUUCAUGGCGGUGGACAUCCCCCACAAUAUUCUGCUGAAGUACCGUAGCCAUGGCCCCCCCAUCACAUGGACCCCUCUCAGCAUCAGUCAGCUGCGCUAUGUAGCUAAUGAGCUGGAUGGCCUGGCCGGGGGCUCAGACACUGUUGUAGUCAUCAGUGUUUGGGCCCAUUUCUGUACCUUCCCUGUGCAGGUUUACAUUCGUCGACUCCGCCACAUUCGAAGGGCGGUUGUGCGGCUUCUGAACCGGGCUCCGGGGACUGUGGUAGUGGUGCGCUCGGCAAACCUCCGGGCCCAAAGCCUAGAAGAGACCCUCAUUGUCAGUGACUGGUUUUCGGUUCAGUUGGACGGGGUGAUCAAGGCCAUGUUUAGGGGCCUGAAUAUCAAGUUAGUGGAUGCCUGGGAGAUGACCCUUGCCCACCACCUCCCACACAAUAUCCACCCGCACCCUCCGAUCAUUAAGAACAUGAUAAACACUAUCCUCUCUCACGUCUGCCCAGUGAAGAACUAGCAGAGAAAUUACAUUAUUUCUGGCACAAUUUAGAAAAUAACUAGCAUGGGUGGAGCGUUGUCCGACUAGGUUACAUGAUUCAUCACUUGAGCCUGCUAAAUUUUAACAUCUACGAGCAAAAGGUAUGUCUCAACACCAUUUUAAGAGUCUAAAUGACAAUGGCAUCCUACUAGCAUAUCUAGUGACAGAAAGAUUGCCUCAAAUCAACAUGUAGCUUUUGUCCAGGCUGCGCUCUCCAAAUUCCAAAGAUUGUACAAUGAAAUCGUUUUUUUUUUUCUUACAGUUGUGGUUUUAUUCUUUGUACUGUACCUCUGCUUUAAAAAAGAAAGGAAUUCACUUUUCAAUCAAAAAAAGGCAUUUAUGGAAUUUUUUCAAAAGGUGUGUGAAACUGGUGAUGUCAGUCUUUUUGUGCCCACUUUGGUUUUGGAGAAGUGUUUGACGGAAAGAUACCAACCCAAGGGACACCUGCCCACGGGGCUCAAAAGUUUUAAUGAUAAGGUUUCGUUUUAAUGAUAAGAUUGUGUCCAAGUGCCCUACAGAAACAAGGGUGUGCAGAUUUGUUGGCGUCAUGGUUGCACCACUACUACAGCAGAAACGGCCUGCUUCUCACCCAACCAGGUCAACAAUGUUUCUCUGGUAAUAUGAGUCAGAUCAUUUUUCUUCCUCUAGCGAAUCUCCAGGACCGCAUUUUACAUUCAUAAACCAAAACCUCUCAAGUGUCGUUAACCAUUUGUUUACACUUUAUUCAGUCAUGUUACAUCAUUGGCUAGCUAGCUAACAACCUUGUAACUUUACAAGUAUAUCCAAACAUUUCAGGGCACAGAAAGAAAGGAAACGGGAUGGCUUCUUCAGGAGAUCAAUGAUCAUAGCAAUGAAUGCAUGACAGGUCUCUUGUAUGUCAUCAUUACAAACCUGACAUUUUUAAGGAGACAAUGUACAAUUGUCAAUGUAUGCUGAACAAAAAUAUAUACCCAACAUGUAAAGUGUUGGUCUCAUGUUUCAUGAGCUGAAAUAUAAGAUCUCAGGAAUGUUCCAUAUGCACAAAAAGCUUAUUUCUCUCAAAUAUUGUGUACACAUUGGUUUACAUACCUAUUAGUGAGAAUUUCUCCUUUCCCAAGAUAAGCCAUCCACCUGACAGGUGUGGCAUAUCAAGAAACUAAGUAAACAGCAUGAUCAUUGUGCUGAGGACAAUAAAUGGCCACUCUAAAAUGUGCAGUUUUGUCACACAACACAAUGCCACAGAUGUAUCAAGUUUUGAUGGAGCACGCAAUUGGCAUGCUAACUGCAGGAAUGUCCACCUGAGCUGUUGCCAGAGAAUCUAUUGUUCAUUUCUCUACCAUAAGCCGCCUCCAACGUCAUUUUAGAGAAUUUGGCAGUACGUCCAACUGGCCUCACAACACAGACCAUGUGUAACCACGCCAGCCCAGGACCUCCACAUCCAGCUUCUUCACCUGCGGGAUCAUCUGAGACCAACCACCCGGACAGCCGAUGAAACUGUGAGUUGGCACAACCGAAGAAUUUCUCCACAAACUGCCAGGAACUGUCUCAGCCGAAGCUGUGCUCUUCAUGGAUGAAACCCGGUUUCAGCUGUACUGGGCAGAUGGCAGACGUAUGGCUUCGUGUGUGCGACAAGUGCUACCAAUUUAUUUAUAUAUAUGUUUUUGUUUUUGCCCUGCCUGAUCAUCAACAUUUUCUGGUGCGGUUGUUUUUCUAACGUUCCUUUAUUGCCUGGUCAGACUCUGGCAAAAUAUCAUCAAAUCAGAUGGGGCUAGUCAUAGUUCAAGUCUUUGAGACAAAUAAGCCAAUCGGAGUGCUAGGGCGUGACAGACAAUCCAGUCAGAGGCACUCGGUAGCAGUUAUUUUGGUCUGUCUUCACCUAAAGGAUUCUGUUGCUUUAUCAGGUAAGAGAAGACUACAGAUGGUGUUUAUGCAUGUAUCAACAAUCAAAGUUGAUUUCAAGAAAUAUAUAUGGAAAGUUAAAAUAGGAAAGCAUAUCUUAGGAAAGUUGUGUAGCCUCUUUAUCCAUUUUUUGACUUACAAAUGAAUUAUAUAUAAACAAACAUUAAUUCUUAAAGAAUAUAAGUGAUUAAUUUGUCAUGGGGGGAAUUCCGACCUGAGUUAAGAACUAGUAAAUGGAAUAGAAUUCCCUUUUUAUGCACUUCUCUCUCUCUGGACCUUGAACUUAAGCAUGAGAAUAGCAUGCUAUUCACUAGCUAUUUGUUGGGAGUGGAGAUCGAAUCAAUGAAGGUGUGGCGGAUGUGUGUCUACAGAUAUACCGUAAUCUGAAUUUGACUUUACAGGUGAGGAAGCCAUGAGUAAGGUCAAGCAACCUGUCAGUUCCAAGUGCAUUUAAUUUUCUCCAGAUCGAAAUAACACCAUUCUCCAUGCACAGAAAUGUAUAAAUUGACAAUUGCUAUUGAUAAGAACUAUAGAGCAUUGGGAAAGUAUUCUGAUCCCUUGACUUUAUCCAUAUUUAGUUACCUUAUAGCCUUUUUUCUCUCAUCAAUCUACACCAAAUACCCCAUAAUGAAACAGGUUUUUAUACAUUUUUACACGUUUAUUUAAAAAAAGGAACAUGUAAAUAUCACAUUUACAUAAGUAUUCAGACCUUUUACUCAAUACUUUGUUGAAGCACAUUUGGCAGCGAAUAUAGCCUCGAGUCUUCUUGGGUAUGACAUUACAAGCUUGGCACACCUUUAUUUGGGGAGUUUCUCCCAUUCUUCUCUGCAGAUCCUCUCAGGCGCUAUCAGGUUGGAUGGGGAGCGUCGCUGCACAGAUAUUUUCAGGUCUCUCCAGAGAUGUUCGAUCAGGGUCAAGUCCGGCCUCUGGCUGGGCCACUCAAGGACAUUCAGAGACUUGUCCCAAAGCCACUCCUGCAUUGUCUUGGCUGUGUGCUUAGGGUCAUUGUACUGUUGGAAGGUGUACGUUUGCCCCGGGCUGAGAUCCUGAGGGUUCUGGAGCAGCUUUUCAUCAAGGAUCUCUCUGUACUUUGCUCUGUUAAUCUUUUCCUCGAUCCUGACUAGUCUCCCGGUCCCUGCAGCUGAAAAACAUCACCACAGCAUGAUGCUGCCACCACCAUGCUUCACCGUAGGGAUGGGGCCAGGUUUCCUCCACACGUGACGCUUGGAAUUCAGGCCGAAGAGUUCAAUCUUGGUUUCAUCAGACCAGACAAUCUUGUUUCUCAUGGUCUGAGAGUCUUUAGGUGCCUUUUGGCGGGCUGUCAUGUGCCUUUUACUGAGGAGGGGCUUCCGUCUGGCCACUCCCAUAAAAGCCUGAUUGGUGGAGUGUUGCAGAGAUGGUUGUCCUUCUGGAAGGUUCUCCCAUCUCCACAGAGGAAAUCUGGAGCUCUGUUAGAGUGAACAUUGGGUUCUCGGUCACCUCCCUGACCAAGGCCCUUCUCCCCCAUUUAAUAAAUUUGGCCGGGCGUCCAGCAUCAGGAAGAGCCUUGGUGGUUCCAAACAUCUUCCAUUUAAAAAUAAUGGGGGCCAUCCACUGUGUUCUCGGGGACCUUCAUAGCUGGAGAAAUGUUUUGGUACCCUUCCCCAGACUUGUACCUCAACACAAUCCUGUCUCAGAGCUCUAUGGACAAUUCCUUCAACCUCAUGGCUUGGUUUUUGCUCUGGUAUUUACUGUCAACUGUGGGACCUUAUACAGUAUAUAACCUUAUAUAGCCUUUCCAAAUCAUGUCCAAUCAAUGAAAUUUACCACAGGUGGACUUCAAUCAAGUUGUAGAAACAUCUCAAGGAUGAUCAAUGGAAACAGGAUGCACCUGAGCUCAAUUUAUUUUAUUUUUUUAUAAAUUAAAAACCUGUUUUCAUUUUGUCAUUAUAGGAUAUUGAGUAUAGAUUGAUGAGGAAAACAAAUAAUUUAAUACAUUUUAGAAUAAGACUAACGUAUCAAAAUAUGGAAAAAGUCAGAGUCUGAAUUGGUUCCGAAGGCACUGUAGGUAAAUUAAUAAUCCGUUUGGAUAAGGGGUUUGUAAAUAUGAAUGACAAUUGUUUUAUAUCUAUUUUACCUUGUGAUCGCUGGAAAGAAAUGUGAAACCAGUCAUGGAAACAAACUAAAAAGCAUGUCAACACGACAGGUAUUUAUUCCCCUUUCCCACAGUGAAGUAUGAAAUGCGGUGUCGUUAUGCAGAAUUGAAAUUGUAUGUCCCAAGCUACCUACCAAGUCAUUUCUGCGCUCUAGAAUGUUUUGAAUUACCGUAACACUUGAAUGAAAUACAGUCUCAAAUCACUGCCUAUCCCACAUUAGGCAUAUACUAUGAUUCGAUGAACAAUAACAUUUCAUUUAAAGAUAAAUAUGGAAGGUUAAAAAGCAAGCCUAUCUUGGGAAAGUUAUGUAUAGCCUCUUUAAUUAAAACUACUUCAAGAUCGGUAACGUAGGCUAAUGUGAUUAGCAUGAGGUUGUAAGAAACCAAAAAAAUCCCAGGACAUAGACAUAUCUGAUAUGUGCAGAAAAGCCUCUUUAAGGCAUAUUGAUAGAACUGACCUUUUUCUGAGACAGCUUAUUUGUCUAUUCAGUCAAUUAAGAGUGAAUAAAAAUUCAUUAAACCCUGAAGAAUUUAAAAUGCACUAACAUAAUAAAUUAUUUGUGAAGCAUCUAGCCCAAGGGUAGCCCAAGGCUUUUUGUCUCGAGGGCCACAUCAGGAUUUCGAAAUUCAAAGGAGAGCCACACAGAUUUAUUACAUGGAAACGGUGGCACCAACACUGGGAGGACUUUGUAACUAUCAUUCAUUAUUACUGUGGGUGUUACUUUUAUGACUGGGAGCAAUAAAGGGACAAUCUGUAGUUCAAACAAUUACAAACCAGGAACCCCCGCCACUGUUUUGGUUAACAGCUGAGGGAUAGGGCUGGAAAAAUGUAACCACUCUCAAAUAGACACAUCUAUAGACAGUGCUACCAAGAAACAUCCAGCGCUAUGAUGGUCCUCUGCUACAGAGGACAAGUUCAUUAGAGUUACCAGCCUCAGAAAUUGCAGCCCAAAUAAAUGCUUCACAGAGUUCAAGUAACAGACACAUCCCAACAUCAACUGUUCAGAGGAGACUGCGUGAAUCAGGCCUUCAUGGUCGAAUUGCUGCAAAGAAACCAAUGCUAAAGGACACUAAUAAGAAGAAGAGACUUGCUUGGGCCAAGAAACACAAGCAAUGGACAUUAGACCAGUGGAAAUCUGUUCUUUGGUCCAAAUUUUAGAUUUUUGGUUCCAACCGCCGUGUCUUUGUGAGACUCAGAGUAGAUGAACGGAUGAUCUCUGCAUGUGUGGUUCCCACAGUGAACCAUGGAGGAGAUGUGGGGCUGCUUUGCUGAUGACACUGUCAAUUAUUUAUUUAGAAUUCAAGGCACACUUAACCAGCAUGGCUACCACAGCAUUCUGCAGCAAUACGCCAUCCCAUCUGGUUUGUGUUUAGUGGGACUAUAAUUUGUUUUUCAACAGGACAAUGGCCCAAAACACCUCCAGGCUGUGUAAGGGCUAUUUGACCAAGAAGGAGAGUGAUGGAGUGCUGCAUCAGAUGACCUGGCCUCAACCCAAUUGCGAUGGUUUGGGAUGAGUUGGACUGCAGAGUGUAGGAAAAGCAGCCCACAAGUGCUCAGCAUAUGUGGGAACUCCUUCAAGACUAUUGGAAAAGCAUUCCAGGUGAAGCUGGUUCAGAGAAUGCCAAGAGUGUGCAAAGCUGUCAUCAAGACAAAGGGUGGCUACUUUGAAGAAUCUAAAACCUAAAAUAUAUUUUAAUUGGUUUAACACUUUUUUUGGUUACUACAUGAUUCCAUGUGUGUUAUUUCAUAGUUUUGAUGUCCUCACUAUUCUACAGUUUAGCAAAUAUUAAAAAUAAAGAAAAACCCUUGAAUGAGUAGGUGGGUCCAAACUUUUGAAUGGUACUGUAUGUUACAGAACUUUGGUUUCACUAAUAAAUAUGUUCAACUGCGGCCUCCCGAGUGGCACAGUGGUCUAAGGCACUGCAUCGCAGUGCUAGCUGUGCCACUAGAGAUUCUGGGUUCGAGCCCAGGAUUUGUUGCAGCCGGCCACGACCGGGAGGCCCAUGCGUCGGCGCACAAUUGGCCCAGUGUCGGGAGGGUUUGGCUGGCAGGGAUAUCCUUGUCUCAUCGCGCAUUAGCGACUCCUGUGGCGGGCUUAGCGCAGUGCACGCUGACACUGUUGCCAGGUGUACGGUGUUUCCUCCGACACAUUGGUGUGGCUGGCUUCCGGGUUGGAUGGGUAUUGUGUCAAGAAGCAGUGCGGCUUGGUUGGGUUGUGCUUCGGAGGACGGCUCUUGGUUGGGUUGUGUUUCGGAGGAAGCAUGGCUCUUGACCUUCACCUCUCCCGAGGCCGUACGGGAGUUGCAGCGAUGGAUACCAUGAAAUUGGGGUCAAAUAAUAAAAGUAUAUAUAUUUUGAACUGGAACCAAAGUACCGUAUCUGUUUCUGUCUUCUGUCAUUUUAAAAUAGGAUAGAUGGGCUAUAUGGUCUACUACGGUAUAGGUCAAAUGUGAUAGUCCGCCUAUAACCAGCCUGAGUAGGCCUAUAACUAAAUUCCUAUUCUAUUCAAAGUUUAGAGAAAUUAAUAAAAUGUUAAAUUAGCUAUAAUCAGGGUGGUUAAUGCGGGUCAAUGUGAAGAAAAAUCCACCUGCACUCGGCCCCGCCUCACCUAAGCCAAUCAAGAGGUACUUCUGCGUUGCCUCUUUGGCGUACGACUAACUUUUUACUUAACAGUACGUGUUAAAAUGAAUAGACGAUGAGUAAAUAGUAUGCAGUUUAAGUAUGUAGUACGCUAUGAUGGGUAUUUCACAUUGCCUGUGUCUUCUUUCAGGUCUGUGUGCUUCUCUCACAAUGGACUUUAAAGGUGCGUAUCUGUGUUCUAGACCCUUGCCAUGUGGCUUGACGGUUUUUGAAACUGCACUUGAAGAAACUUUCAAAGUUCUUGAAAUCCGGAUUGACUGACCUUCAUGUUUUCAAGUAAUGAUGGACUGUCGGUUCUCUUUGCUUAUUUGAGCUGUUGUUGCCAUCAUAUGGACUUGGCCUUUUACCAAAUAGGGCUAUCUUCUGUAUACCACUCCUACCAUGUCACAACACAACUGAUUGGCUCAAACACAUUAAGAAGGAAAGAAAUUCCACAAAUUACCUUUUAACAAGGCACACCUGUUAAUUGAAAUGCAUUACAGAUGACUAGACUACCUCAUGAAGCUGAUUUAGAGAAUGCCAAGAGUGUGCAAAGCUGUCAUCACAGCAAACAUUUGCCCAUUAUUCUCUUCAAAAUCCUUCAAGCUCUGUCAAACGUGUUGUUGAUCAUUGCUAGACAACCAUUUUCAGGUCUUUCCAUAGAUUUUCAAGUAGACUUAAGUCAAAACUGUAACUCGGCAACUCCGGAACAUUCACUGUCUUCUUGGUAAGCAACUCCAGUGUAUAUUUGGGCCUUGUGUUUUAGGUUAUUGUCCUGCUGAAAGGUGAAUUAAUCUUCCAGUGGCUGGUGGGAAGCAGACAGAACUGGGUUUUCCUCUAGGAUUUUUCCUGUGCUUAACUCCAUUCCGUUUAUUUUUUAUCCUGAAAAACUCCCCAGUCCUUAACGAUUACAAGUAUACCCAUAACAUGAUGCAGCCACCACUAUGCUUGAAAAUAUGGAGAGUGUUACUCAGUAAUGUGUCAUAUUGGAUUUGCCCCAAACUUACUGUAACACUUUGUUUUCAGGACAAAAAGUGAAUUGCUUUGCCAAUUUGUAGUAUUACUUUAGUGCCUUGUUGCAAACAAGAUGCAUGUUUUGGAAUAUUUGGUCUUUGAUCUUUGUGGUUGAAUCUGUGUUUGAAAUGUACUGCUGUACUCAACUGAGGGACCUUACAGAUAAUUGUAUGUGUGGGGUAUAGAGUUUAGGUAGUCAUUGAAAAACCAUGUUGAACACUUAUUGCACAAUUCAUGCAACGUAUAUGAUUAUGUUACUGUUUACUCCUGGACUUAUUUAGGCUUGCCUAAACAAAGGGGUUGCAUACGUAUUCACUCAAGGCAUUUCAGCUUUUCUUUUUGAAUUAAUUUGUACACAUUUUUUAAAACAUAAAUCCUCUUAGGCCAGUAAAUACAAAUCUUGAUUUAAUCCAUUUUAAAUUCAGGCUGGAACAAAACAACAUUGUUGAUAAAGGUCAAGGUCUUGACAAA